UUUUAUUUUGGCGCGGUGAUGUGACGUCAUGAGGAUGCGCCGCGCUCCUGUAUCUGCUGUGAUUCGACUCAAGAAAGAACUGAGUGUCCAAAAAACUCCUGCUGAAGCGACUGAGAGCCACGUGACACUCUUAUAAAGAUGGCGUUUGUUAAAAAGCAGAGUGAAGACUUCAGGAUUGAAGAAGUAUUCAGUCUGAAGCAAGAUACUGAGGAACAAACAGAAGUAGCGUUGAAAAAAGAGAAAGAAGUACUCCAUGACAUUGAAGAGAAAGAUCAAUACGAGAAUCUGCAUGAUUUCACAGCUGGAAGAAAAUAUUUUAGGUGUUCACAGAAUGAAAAGAUUUCCACACGAAAAAAAGCUCAAAAGACUAAACAAACUAGAAGGGAUUUCACUUGCCUUCGGUCUGGAAAGAGUUAUAAUCAACAAGGAAGCCUUAAAGUCCACGUUGGGGAGACCCCUUUCAGUUGCCAACACUGUGGAAAAAGUUUCCCUUAUAAAGUAAGUCUUGACAGGCAUAUAAAAAUUCACACUGGAGAAAAGCCAUACACCUGCCAACAAUGUGGAAAAAGUUUCCGUCAUCAAGGAAACCUUAGCCACCACAUGAGAAUUCACACUGGAGAAAAGCCAUACACCUGCCAACAAUGUGGAAAAAGUUUCCGUCAUCAAGGAAACCUUAGCCACCACAUGAGAAUUCACACUGGAGAAAAGCCUUACACCUGCAAACAGUGUGGAAAAAGUUUCAGUCAACAAGGAAGCCUUAGCCACCACAUGAGAAUUCACACUGGAGAAAAGCCUUACACCUGCAAACAGUGUGGAAAAAGUUUCAGUCAACAAGGAAGCCUUAGCCACCACAUGAGAAUUCACACUGGAGAAAAGCCUUACACCUGCCAACAGUGUGGAAAAAGUUUUGCUCAACAUUGGAACCUUGAAGAUCACAUGAGAAUACACACUGGAGAGAGUCCCUUCACUUGCCAACAUUGUGGAAAAAGUUUCUGUCAUCAAGGAAGCCUUAGCCACCACAUGAUAAUUCACACUGAAGAGAAGCCUUACACCUGCCAACACUGUGGAAAAAGUUUUGCUCAACAUGGAAACCUUAAAAUCCACAUGAGAAUUCACUCUGGAGAGAGUCCCUACACUUGCCAACUGUGUGGAAAAAGUUUCAGUCAUCAAGGAAGUCUUAGCCACCACAUGAGAAAUCACACUGGAGAGAAGCCUUACACCUGCAAACAGUGUGGAAAGAGUUUCACUCAUAAAGGAAGCUUUGACCGGCACAUACGAAUUCACACUGGAGAGAAGCCUUUCACCUGCCAACAGUGUGGGAAAAGUUUUGCUCAACAUUGGAACCUUAAAGUCCACAUGAGAAUACACAAUGGAGAGAGUGCCUUCACUUGCCAUCACUGUGGAAAAAGUUUCAGUCAUCAAGGAAGCCUUAGCCACCAUAUGAGAAUUCACACUGGAGUGAAGCCUUACACCUGCCAACAGUGUGGACAAAGUUUCACUCAUAAAGGAAGCCUUAACUGGCACAUGACUGUUCACACUGGAGAGAAGCUUUACACAUGCCCUCGGUGUGGAAAGAGUUUCCAUCAGCAUGGAAACCUUAACACCCACAUCAGAAUUCACACUGGAGAGAAGCCUUACACCUGCCAACAGUGUGGAAAAAGUUUCACUCAUAAAGGAAGCCUUAACUGGCACAUGAGAAUUCACACUGAAGAAAAGCCUUGCAUCUGCCAACACUGUGGAAAAAGUUUCACUUUUAAAGUAAGUCUUGACAGGCAUAUAAAAAUUCACACUGGAGAAAAGCCUUAGACCUGCCAGCAGUUUUG